AUGCACGGCUCUCCCGCAAAGCAACGCGCCGCCCUGGCACCGCUCGACGCGAACGCAAGGCCGUCCCUGCCGUCUCCCAAAAUGCCCAAAGACGGCAGCGUCUCCAUCAUCCCCCUCACCGGCGGCUCGUCCCCUCUGAAGAAGAGCCUCUCCUCCUCCCUCACCACCACCAGCGGCACCAAGCGGCCCGCCGAGGAACUGACGCCGCCCGGCCGCAAGAAGACGUGCGUAGAAGAGGACGCGCGCCGCUCGAGAACAAGCUCCCCCGACUCGCCCUCCCUCUUCGACACCUCCGCCGCAGAAGGCGACUCCUCGUGGGCCACGGCCGCCACCGAGCCCGACGUAGGCAUCGUCGCCGACGCGCCGGCCCUCCUCGCGCCCCGGCAGAGGGGCACCAUGACGCGCGAGCAAGCAAGAGAGAAAGCAGCGAUUCUGCGCCUGCGCCUCGGCCUCGCGAGCUACAAGGUCCGCACGGGGCAGACCACCGUGCCCUUGGCCGACCUCGAGCGGAAGCCGCUGCCCCGGAAGACGGUCCGCGUGCAGUCACCGCCGCCGCAGCCGUCUCGGAAACACGCCCACGCCUCGGCCUCCGCCACUGCUGGCGAACCGGGCACCGCGUCGCCUGGUCCGAGUAGUACCCUGUCAAAAGGCGCUGCGAGCGGCCUCCUCAGCCUGGCGAGGGGCCAGUCAUGA